AUGUGCGAUCAAGAAUUCAGGACGAUACGAAUCGACCCGCGGUAUCCUUUCACAAAUCAAACAAGAGCGUGUUACGACAACUAUUGUGACUACUACAAGUGCACCCGGCUGCUCGGAGAUGUGGACGACUGUAAGAUCUUCAAACGGUACUUCGAGACCAUCUGCCCAAAUCAAUGGAUCUCUCACUGGGACGAGCUGAGAGACAAGGGCGCGUUCCCUGGACCCAUAUAAACACUCCAAUUCCAAUAAAUAAAUCUAAUAUAUUGUA